CAUUUUCUCAUCCUUUGAUUUCGAAUAUCUUACAACAAUAGGCAAUGAUCUCCAACGUUGCAUUAUAAUCUAAUUCGCAUUAAAAAGUAAUUAAAAGAACUGCUUAUAAACUUCGGGAUCGUUGAUUCAAUAACAUCAGUAAGGGUUGAGGUUCGGCAGAAAGAUGAUGCAGGCUUUAGUAAUCGCGAUCCUGUUUGCGGCAUGCGCCGCUGAAAAAGUGAACGUAACACAAUUGAUGACACAACUCGUAGACGUAGAUUGUACUAACCUAACCGGAUUCAAGCCAGUUGGGUGGUUGGCCACUACUUAUAAAGAUUGCGUCUAUGUUGUUUGCGACGCUGGGAACCCAGACCCCGAACUGAGAAAGUAUCCCCGUGCAUGUGGCAGUAAAUUCCAAACACAUGAAAGUCUGAGUACGCCUGCUGGUCCCCUGUACUGGCCUCCAAGCUGUGCUGAUUAUGGGUUGAGUGUUGAGGGUUGUAUAGCAAUGUCAACUGAAAUAUGUAGGGUAGAAGUGAGCACUACGGACAACAUCAAUUGCGGACCAACAUAUAAGGAUAUGAAAGAAGGUUCAUCACUUCAGCAGGAUGAUCCAGAUGUUGUUAGGAGGCAUGGCUAUUGCAUAUUCAAUGACCCACAUUCGAUGAAUCCAAUAUACAAAAACGAUACAAGAUUAUGUGCUCGACCUCAGUUUGCGAAUGGAAACAAGUAUAAACUAUUUCAUCGAUACCCUGUUAGCCAGAAUGAUUAUGUUGAAGUCGAUGGCUUGUUUGGCGGCAAUGGUGGUCAUUAUCUAACGGAUCUGUACGUAAACACUGCAUUCAGUAAUCUAGCUGUAUCUGUCGAUCUAAACGGUACACUCUCUGUCCAGGAAACGCUAAAGAACCCAAUAGGAGCAGGUUUCCCAAUAGUCACCUAUGAAUAUUCGCAAAAUGGUAGCGUUGUGGUUGUCACUGUAGCUUUCGGAACCGAUGCAGAUGGUGGUAAAAUAACUAUAGCAAUAAGGGGAGGUCGGCCCUACAAAAUGAACGUAUGCAUUAAUGAUCCCUUGAAUAUGGCUGAAAUUGGCUCUUUCGGCACUACAUUGCUUGAUGAAACAAGUUACUUUGGAUAUCUUGAUUUCCUUGAGGCAAGCAUAAUCCCAAAUCUCAAUAUAACUGGUGAGAACUUGCUACUGGACGUAAACGAUGUUACGUAUGACGUUGAUACUCCAAUGGCCUUUCAUAAGUUCAGAGUACAGGAGUCUGUUAACAUGUCAUGCUGGCAUGCAUCAGACACAGCUCAGCUCGUGAAUGUGGCAGAUUUCUUGAUUGUUUAGGUCUACAUCUUGAAAUGAAAAAACUUAGCUCUUACAACUUGGAACUCCAUCUAAAUAUUGACUGUUUAAUUUCGAGCCAUUAAGUGCCAUAAACACGUAUCAAUUCAAAAUGCUAAAAAAGUGCCCUCCGCUUAUUGGUGCAAAUUUAGGGUCAUGUGUUUACCGAUAUUGUCACGUGACCACAGAAUUCCAACAAUAAGGUAAAAAAUUGAUUUUCUACUUUUGAUUGGACACUAUUUUCAAAUACAAUAUGUAGCUGCCAUGGAGCCUAUUUAGGGAAAACUCGGACAGAAAAAUGCGAAUGAAAAUGGACAUCGAGAAUAUAAAAUUGAAUAGCAUUGUAUCAGGGUAUAUGUACCGUCGUUUCCGAAGGUACACGAUGAAGGUAUGCGGCAAUAAGAUGAUCAUGGCCAUUGUUAAUUUUCCUGAGUUUAAACUCUCCUUCUCCCACUACUGAUCUGAUGUUUAUUUAAGUUGGUUCAUCGUCCUAUUAUUUUACAUUGCCUCAAUAAAAGAUAUGUCUAUAUAUGUAUAACUCAAUUGAUUACAUAUUGCAGCCAUUAAGUGGCUAUUAAAAUGUCAUAUUGCCGCAUAUAACCUGACACAAUGCAUUAUUUUCAUCAUAAGUAAUAAUAUUUGAUAAAAAAAUCAAAAUCAACAAAACGUUGAAUGUAAAGACUAGCGAGUAAACAUGUUCUUCGAUGUUCUAGAUUAUGAAAUAGGAAAUCUUAUUCUGGAAUAUUCAAAGUCGAUUAUUGUAGUCUGAAAUAUUUAGAGAUUGUUUGAUUGAAUAAAGGUAGUUAUAGAAUGCAGCAAA